AGGUCCUGCCGUGACGUCAUAUGUUUGGGCAUGGAAGCUAACAUUUGACGAGCUCUCCUGAAUUAUCGUCCUUUCGCAGUUUCCAUAUUAUUUUCACUUAACUCCCAAGAUGUCCUCGCCUCUUUCGAAGCCUCAAAUCAUCGUGCACCUCCAGAAAAGUUUAAACUACACCGUGUUUGACUGUAAAUGGGUACCGUGUAGCUCCAAGUUCGUGUGCAUGGGCAACUUUCCGAGAGGAACCGGAGUGAUGCAAAUCUACGAGAUGCAGCAUGGAGAGGCUCAGCUUAUCAAAGAAGUAGAGAAACCUAAACCCAUAAAGUGCGGGACAUUUGGGGCCACGUCUCUUCGACAAAGACACAUAGCAACGGGAGAUUUUGACGGCCAUCUCAACGUAUGGAACCUGGAAGUGCCCGAGGUGCCGGUGUACAGCGUGAAGGCCCACAAGGAGAUAGUGAACGCUAUCGAUGGCGUUGGAGGCUUGGGGAUCGGCGACGGCGCGCCCGAGAUCGUCACCGGAAGCAGAGACGGCACGGUCAAAGUUUGGGACCCCCGUCAGCGGGACUCACCCGUGGCCAACAUGCAGCCCGUGGAAGGCGACGCCAAGAGGGACUGCUGGACCGUCGCAUUUGGUCACGCCUUCAACGACCAGGACCGAUGCGUGUGCGCCGGCUACGACAACGGGGACAUCAAACUGUUUGACCUGCGGAAUAUGUCCUUGCGAUGGGAGACCAACAUCAAGAACGGGGUCUGCUGCGUGGAGUUUGACAGGAAAGACAUCAACAUGAACAAGCUGGUGGCCACCUCCCUGGAGGGCAAAUUCCACGUCUUUGACACGAGGACUCAGCACCCCACCAAGGGCUUCGCCUCCGUUUCCGAAAAGGCGCACAAAUCGACCAUCUGGCAGGUGAGACAUUUACCGCAGAACCGAGAGAUCUUUCUGACCGCAGGCGGAUCAGGCAGCCUUCAUCUAUGGAAAUACGAGUAUCCCGCUCGGAGGAUGGAGCCGGACUCAGACGGCAUCAGCGUGGGCGUAGCCGGGACGGUCAACCUCCUGCAGAACGUCACGCUGUCCACUCAGCCCGUCGCCAGUCUGGACUGGAGCCCCGAUAAGCAAGGCCUGUGCGUGUGUGCCGGUUUUGACCAGUCGGUGCGCGUGCUCAUCGUCACCAAACUCAAUUUGGUAUGACCAAUCCCGCCUUUACACGCCAGAGCAGGGUUUGACUUCCAAACCUUUGGAUGGAAACGUUUUUGUUUUUUUACAUGUGCCACCUGAGAUCCUUUGAAGUGACUUUUACAUAAAAGAUGGGAAAGGUCAGCCAUUGUGGCCGUCCUGGCUCGGUUUGAUCUCUCCUACUGACCUUUACCUCCUGGCACCCCGUGGGCACCAUCCACCCUUCACUCUACAAUCUGUACACAUCAUCCAGACGUCCGAUUUGAAAGUACAAACACAUGUCAAAUAUUUACCUUCAAUAAAUCAGAGGUACAGUCGAGUCUA